GUCACACUGGACAUAUCUAGUCGGCGUAUUGCACAUUUCUCAAUUAAAUUAAGAAAACCAUCACCGCGGUUAUAUAAUCAAGAUGAACAGUCUGAGGACAGCUACUUUGCGUUUCGCCAGCCUUGCCAGCUCCAGUGCCGGCGCCCUGGGCAAGCGCGACUUCACCCGCAGCUUGUGGCACAUGUCCAAGAAGCCGGUGGUGGGCUCUUCUGGAUGCUCCUCCGAUCAUGUAACCGUCCUGAAUGUCCACAAGCCCAGCAUUAACUGCACCUGCGGCUGCAAUGUGCACACCAAAUGCGAGCGCGAGCUGGUGGAGUUCCUCACCGAGGAGAUCGUGGCCGAGCGCAAGGUGCAGAAGGGCAAGACGGUGCCCAGCACUCUGGAUGGAUUCAGCGUAAAGCUGACCGGCGCCGAUGUGGAGCUGACCAAGCAGACCGACAAGGAAAAGGUUGUGAUCAGCCUUAAUGUGAAUCAUUCGGUCGAUAGCGAGGAAGAGCCGGAGAUUAAUCCGAAUGCCGACAAACCAAAUUUGGGCGAGAUGAGGAGCAAGCCCCAGUUCGAGGUGGACAUCAUCAAGGGCAAUACCACGCUCUCCUUUACUUGCUCUUUCCUGCAGGGCGAGGCCCAGGAGGGAGAGUACAACGAUGUCUUCUCCAUUGAUGAAAUGGCCAUCUUUGAGGGGGAGUGGAACGACAAGGUCUAUGCCGUUGCUGGCGACGUGCUCGAUGGCUACUUGUACGACUUGCUGAUCAACCUGCUGGAGGAGAAGGGCGUCAGCCAGGAUUUCGCCGAGAAAUUGUCGGAUCUGGCCACCGCUCAUGAACACACUUCGUACAUUGGCCUGCUGGAAAAGCUCUCCAAGUUCACCACCGGCGCCAAGUGAAAGUCGUACCGACGAUCCACUACCUAAUCUUUAAGCAAAAAGUUUGUUUAGGUUUAUAAGUUUUUACAGUCGUCUGCCGCAGUUUUUCCACUAAAACAGUUUCAACCAAUUUCGUUUUUGGUUUCGACUGUGGCAGUAAGCUUAGUUUUUAGGCCAGAAAACAUUUAUACAUGUUUCAAGGAACAACGUAAGAAGCGAAUGCCAAUUGUUAUCCCACUGGGGCAUUGGCUUCCCUCCCAGUUUGAUUUAAUCAUCAAAUACAACGUUAA